AUGACCUGCAAGGCCUCCGCCCUCACCAGCUUCCUUCAAUCCCCAUGGCAGAUUAGCAGCUCAGGCAGCGAGGCCAGGGGAGCGCGGAGCCCGAGGCAGCGGCAGGCCCAGGAGUACAUCGCCGUCCGCGCAGCCCGCGGUCCUGGGAUGAACCUGGGGCUCUGGCGGUGGGCGUUGCCAUGUCCCGGGGAGGCCCUGACUACUUCAGUGUUCCGCCUAGAGCCCCUGCUGCCCCCCAACCUGCCAGUCCUGGUUACCAAAAUCAGCCCCAACCUUCCCGGAUGGAGCUCAGCAGAUCUGCAGGAAGUCAUUGCCACGCCCAAGCGGCUCCAGCCCCCUCUCCCAGGACUUGUGCUUCCUGGGUGGGACCCCGCGGGGAGGCGCCCUGCGCCCUCCAGCGCCUUUCCUGACUUCAUGGCCGUCCUGGGCGGGAGCCACGCGGAGGGGCCUGAUCCGCUGAGACGUGUGCCCAGGGAGAAGACAGCCCACCCCUCUCCUGGGGCACAGCAGUGGGCUUCCCUGCGGCAGGCUUUCCUCUCCAAAAGCCACCCUCACCCCACUCUGGCGGAGCCCCAGGCAUGCGGGGCCAGGCGCUUGGAGGCCCCAGAGGCCCUGGGCUUCCUGACCCCACCCAGCCGCUGCCGGCCACCGCGGGCGCACCGGGGCUGCCCUGUACCUCCCAAGGGGGUGCGGGAUACCCGGGGGGCGGGGGGCGGCCUGCACCCCGUCGGCCCAGCGGCGUCACGCGGGGCUGACCCGGCGGCGGCGGCGGCGGCGGCGGCGGCGGGCGGGGGCCUCGGGACGCGCGCGGCGGGAGCAUGGGAGCCGCGGGCCGGCUGCCGGCUGCCGGUGCGGGUGGAGCAGGUCGUCAACGGCGCGCUGGUGGUCACCGUGAGCUGCGGCGAGCGCAGCUUCGCCGGGAUCCUGCUGGACUGCACGAAAAAGUCGGGCCUCUUUGGACUGCCCCCGCUGGCCCCGCUGCCCCUGGCCGAUGAACCACCCGCCACCGGCCGCCCUGGCCCGCCGCCCGAGGAGGGGGAAGGAGGAGCGAUGCCGGAGGGGACCGGGCUCCGCCGCCCCCCUGCAAGGCCCGGUCCCCCAAGGAGGACCCGCCCCUCGGCCCCCGCGCCGCCCCCACCCCCGGAGCCGCCGCUGCCCCGCCGCGAGCCUGCCCCCCUUCCCGCCCUACUCGAGGGCGCCCCCUUCCCGCACCCGCUCUGGCUGAGGAACACCUACCGGCAGUGGGUCCCGCAGCCGCCGCCCCGGGCCGUGAAGCGGACUCGCCGGCGCCUGUCCCGGAACCGGGACCCGGGCCGGCUCAUCCUGAGCACCAUCCGCCUGCGGCCACGCCAAGUGCUCUGCGAGAAGUGCAAAAGCACCGUGAGCCCCGCCGAGGCGGGGCCCGGCGCCCCCGCCGCCCCCAAGGGCCGCCGGAGGCUGGGCAGCGGCCCCGACGGGGACUCGAAGCCCGGGGAGCCGGAGGACGGCGAGCUCCCCGCGGCGGCCACCCCCAGGAGGAGCAAGCGGGAGAGGCGGGAGGAGGACAGGGCUCCCCCCGGGGAGCGGGUCCCUCGGAGCCCCGACAUCAAGAUCUCCUACAGCACGCCCCAGGGCAAGGGCGAAGUGGUCGAGAUCCCGUCCCGGGUGCACGGCUCCCUGGAGCCCUUCUGCCCGCAGGCUCCGCCCGACGGCGGCCAGGACGCGGAGCCGCCGCGGGACGCGGAGCCCAGGGGCGGCGGGGACCGGGUGCCCGGCGGGCCCCCGGCCUCCAUCCCCAAGCUGAAGCUGACCCGUCCCGUGCCCCCGGCCCCCGACCCGCCGCCUCCCAAGAUCCGCCUGAAGCCUCACCGUCUGGGGGAUGGCGAGCGCCAGCCCCUGUACCGGGCCGAGCUGGUGGAGGCGCUGAACGGCCGCCCCCCGGGCCCCCGCGCCCGCCCGCCCGCCGGCGCCCCGGAGGGCCCCGACCGCGGGCAGGGGGACCGCGUGUCUUCUGCGAGUUCCGGCGAGGAGGAGGACGCCGCCGGGGGUCCCCGAGGGACAGGACGCGAGGGCCCGGCUCUCCCCCGCCCCGAGGAGCCCGCGCGCGGCCGUGACGGCCCCGAAGAGCCCGCGUCGCCCGGCUCCCAGGCGACCGCUCCGGAGACGGGCGCCCCCUCCGGGGACGCCGCCCCCGCCGCGCCCCGGGACGCGCGGCCCACCGUGCCCCCGCUCACGGUCAAGCUGCACACGCAGAGCGUCGCCCAGUGCGUCACCGAAGACGGAAGGACGGUGGCCGUGGGGGACGUCGUGUGGGGUCACCGGCGAUGAGGGUGCCGCGGUUAUCCUGAACUUCUGGCUUCCGUCUGAGGGCCCCACAUGCCUUCUGGCGGGCUGCAUGCAGAAACAUGCUGGGCCUGGCGGCCGCCUGGUGCAAAUCCCUGGAAGAGCAGGUGUGUGCUGAGAGGGGCCGGCCUGGACACGGCGUCCAUCCCCCGAGCCUCCAGCUGCGGUGUCUCGGGCCAGGCGCGGGCCCCGAGGUCCACGACAGGCUUGCUGCUUCUUGUGCUGGACUGGCAGCUUCCAGGCUAGACCAUCCCAUGAUGCACGGGCCGGCGUCCUGGGCAGGGUCUCCGCUGCUCUGCCCUAGCCACGGGCAGCGCCCUGGGCAGGGUCUCGGCAGUUUCCGGCCACGGGCA